AUGGACGAAGCAGUGAAAGGCGCCCAGCGGGGCCUGUUGAUGCGUGCCAUUUUCGGACAGAUCCUGACCAUUCAUCUCAAAGACCAUACCAAAGAGACCGAAGCUGAGCUCCGGUCCAUUGUGAAGGACCUAGAUGCUGUGGUUGAGAAGCGAAAACCCCAAUGCGGCCUAAUCGUUGCAUUCUACCCCAAGUUAUGGAGUAAAUGGACGGGAAGAGAAAUUCGGAUUUCGACCAAGGUGCUUGAUGGCAAUCCCACCAAAUUCCGGAACACGCAUGGGGAUGUGUUCUUUUACUUGAAGACGCCCGACCAUGAAACCGCGAAAGAACUUUUGAAAGAUACAAAGGCACGUCUAGAGCUUCUCGCGAAGGAGAAUGGCAUCGAGACAAUCAUCGCAGGGAAGCGACAAGAUGGUCGCAUUGUAGGCGGACGGUACUUGGACAGUAUCACGAACCCGAACGACCCCGUGAGCCUGAGUGAAGACAUCUUCCUUGGUGGAAAGGAACUAGGCUCUUGCUUUGGUUUCACACAGAAGUUUAUAUUUGACUGGCCGAGCAUUCUCUCAUAUUCAUCUGACAGCCAAAAUGAGAUUGUUGGUCGCAAGAAGAACGGAUCCAUCCUUUCGCAACAUGCUGCACAUGGGCACAUCCACCGUGCUAAUGUACGUGAUGCGAACGGAGAUCAGCGUAAGCUGCUUCGCCAGGCUCUUCCCUUCGGAACUGCAGAGAAAUCAUCAGGACGUGAGGAAGGGCUAAUGUUUGUUGCUUUCUGCAACGAGCAACAACGAUUCGAGAAUAUUCUCAAAAACCUCCUCGGAGAGACAAAGCAUAUCCCAUCUGAUCGACUGAUGCAGCUCGUCUCAGGUGUCAGCGGUGGUUAUUGGUACGUUCCCUCAGCAAGCGACCUGGGCGUUGCCUCUGUGCAUGGAGCAAGCGAUAUAUACGAAGACCCUCAUUGGAAAGUUCGCAAUCCCAAGAAUCGAUAUCUCUUCUACAAUACGCAGGAUUACCUUCACCAAAUGGGCCAGCAACUCUACAAGGGAGGUGACCCGCCAACACUUCGUGUUCUCAGCUUAAUGGCAAGAUCUUUCAAUCACUGGCAUGACGGGUGGGUGCAUCGUGUUCACAUGGAUCGUUUGCCUCAUCUCUCUAAACUCCUAGAAGAUGUAUCCAAGAGAAGAAUCAUGGAAGAUUCUUCUGAGCGGACAUCCUUGGAGGACACCUCUGUCCCAGUUCGAAAGUCAGUGGCCAACUUCAUCACGCUGUCGAACCUCCUUUCAGACCCAGACUCGAAGAUUGCCAAAGACAAUGGGCUUCUGAGAAUAUAUGGGAACGAACUGAUCGUCGGGCAAAUCCCUGACUUCACCUUCGGCAGAGGCAAAGAAGUAGUCCCGUAUCUAGACAAGGACGAAACCAUCAAAGCGUGGCUGAAAUGUUCACUCAAUGAGUUUUCGGCCAUGGGACAUGUAGUGCCAGAUUAUCAGCACUUGGUCCGGCAUGGAUUGCGUUCAAUGAUCAAUGAUCUGAAGGAGCGCAAGCAUCGAAGUCCGAAAUCUGCUGAUUUCUUCGACUCUGCAAUUACGUCACUUAGGGGCGUCCAAGACUAUCUGAGAAAUUGGUCUAGAAUCGCGCUCGCUGCCCGCGAUCAAGCUGGUUGUCCAAACAAGGCAAAUAUGGAGAAGGUGGCGCAACGCCUUCGCAAGCUUGUUGACCAGGCCCCAGAGACAUUUCACGAUGCAGUUCAACUCAUCUUCUCCUUCCACUGUUGUUUGCACCUGGUCGGUGAGCUCACACCAUUUGGUCGUCUCGACCAAAUCCUUUGGCCAUUCUUGAACAAAGACAAGGCUGAACCGACCGCAUCGGAGCUGGCCGCCGCCCAAGAGAUUAUCGAUUGCUUAUACCUCAAGAUUGGCGAGAAUGCCUUUGUCGAUCGUGCAUUCAUCUAUGAUCAUGUAACCUACGGAACGACCUCCGUCAACGGCACUGGAGGUAAUUUUCCGCAGGGUGGCGGCAUCAAUCAGUGGUGCCAGCAGAUCACGGUUGGAGGAUAUAAGGCUGAGAAUGGGGCUCCCCAAGAUGCCUCGAACCCAGUUACCAUGUUGUUCCUGAAGGCAGCUCGCCGCAUUCCGGUAAAUGCACCCACACUUUCACUCCGCGUACAUAAAGACUCCAGGAGAGAUAUACUCGAGGAAGCCGCCAAAACGAUCCUAUCAGGAGGGGCCCAACCAAUCUUAUAUAAUGAUGACAAGCUGUGUGAAGGUCUUCAUAAAUCGGGUGCUACUAUCGAUACGGUCAGUGAAGCAUGGUCUCGCAAUUAUGCUGCCGAUGGAUGCUACGAACCUAUGUUUGCUGGAGCCUCUGAGUUCACCUUCAAUAACGUAUCGCCAUUGCGUGCUGUUGAACAAACAAUCAACCGAGGAACGGCCUAUGGGGCAGCUGGCCCGGAACAGCUCAGCGGCCUCAAACAAACCUUUCGUUCGCCCGAAGCAAGCACCCUGAGCACAUUCGAAGAGCUCAAAGAUGUUUUCCUGGAGCAACUCGAAUGGCUUACCGUGCAAUGUUAUAACUUAAUGUUGAAUAACUACGGCAACUUAGCCAACAUCUGCCCCAGUCCUUUACUUUCAACAUUGAUUGACGGCUGCAUCGAGAAAGGUCUCGAUCACACCAACGGCGGUGCGCGAUUCCACAUCAUUGCACCGCUGUUCGUGGGCGUAUCAAACACAAUCGACUCGCUAUACUCUAUCUGGAAGCUUGUGUAUGAUAGUCGCACAGCGUCCACGACCCUCGAGGAACUACUCCUCUGUUUGAUCAAUGAUUGGGGGUACAACAUGAUUGAGCCUUAUCAAAACCAGUUACUCGGGCCUGUCGAGGCCGCCGAACGUGGAGAACACUAUCGUGAGCUUCGUGACCAAGUGCUCCAGCUCCCGAAGUGGGGAAGCGGCAGCGACGAUAUCGAUCUCAAGGACAUUGGGGACUGGGUCAUGAAGCAUAUUGUUAGGCUCGGACGAGACGUUCUGUGUGAUCCACACCCGGCACUUACUGCCCAGCUCGACGUAAUCAAGCAGAAACACGGGCCUGACUUCGAGUUCACAGUCACGCCCGGCAUCGGCACUUUUGAGGGUUAUGUUGGCGAUGGGGUUGACUGCGGCGCAUCAGCCGACGGUCGCCGGAAUGGCACACCCAUCGCCUCCGACCUCUCUCCGGCGCCAGGCGCACAGGAUUUGCCCCCAAAUCCCGCCUUCCGCAACAUAUACCAAGCAAUGAAAAGUUGGAAAUCGGAAGACAUCGAAAUUGGGCUUUCCGACGCGGCGCCGGUGGAUAUGAACAUCCCAGAGGAUUUCCCCCUGGAGGAACUGGAAGCGUUCAUCCAGGCUUUUGCGGCCGGCAAUGUUGGAGGCAAUCUCAUCACGCUUACUUGUGCUGAUCCAGGGACGUAUGCAGCAGCAAGCGAGGAUCCCGAGAAGUACAACCUGCUCCGUGUGCGUAUGGGCGGAUGGACGGAGUUCUACUCCACCCUGUUUCCGGAGCACCAGAAGCAACAUCAACGGCGUCAGUAUUUUACACACAAGGUUGACACAGAAGACGUCACGGUAUAG